AAAGAAACGCAGCACAAACCAAAAGCAAGGGAAAAGAAAAUUCUCGAAAAUCGUCGGGAUGAAUUCGACAAAUCAAUGUUAACAAACGAUACAUUCGCAUCAAAGUUUUAAGUGCGAAAGGUGAGGCAUCGGCGUGUGGAUUGGUGGUUGCCGCUGGUCAAGCAUCUCCAGUCCGUCAGCGGAGAACGCUCGCAGGAUUUGAUCUGUUGAGUUCACGGUGGCGUAGUUUUGAAGGAUUCUCAUCACUGGACGUCGAUUUCCAGGAAUGUCAUUUCUGAUGCGUUUAUAUGGUCAAGCAAAGCCCAAGAAUUUUUUGCUCGUAUCUUGCUACUCUACGCUUACUUCAGGAAAGAUCUGGUUUGGUAUACUUUCAGAAAACCAUGUCUGAGCUGUUCUUCAGCUUAACGGCGCAAAGGCAGCUACUGCAGUUUUUGUUCAGCAUAAUCUUCUUCCACUGCUCUGAAUAUUUCCUCGCACUCGCCUUCCAUGGCCGAGACAGCGUAAACUUCAACUCUCUUCUAAUCAGCAAAAGCUACGCAGUAGCCAUGCUCUGUGCUCUGCUAGAAUACUCUCUCGAAGCUCAUUUCUUCCCGGGAAUGAAACAACACUGGCUGAUAAGCAACGCCGGAUUGGCCAUGGUGGUUCUUGGCGAACUCAUAAGAAAGGCGGCUAUAAUAACUGCCGGCAGAUCUUUCACACAUCUGAUCAGACGGAACCAUGAGGAGCAUCACAAGCUGGUUACCCACGGGAUUUACGCCUUUGUUCGGCAUCCCAGCUACUGCGGCUUUCUCAUCUGGGCUGUCGGCACGCAGGUAAUGCUCUGCAACCCGCUGUCGACUGUUGCGUUUGCUAUUGUUGUUUGGCAAUUCUUUCGGGAUAGGAUACCCUAUGAAGAGUUCUUUUUGAGGCGAUUCUUCGAGGGCGAGUAUGAUGAGUACGCGCGGCAUACGCCUUCUGGAGUCCCGUUCAUCAGGUGAUUUAUGUCAUGUUAUUCUUUGCUUUAGAACAAUUUGGGGAGUUUUUAGUGUUGUGAUUGUGUAAUCUUAAUCGAAAUUUAAAUUGGUACUAUAUAUAAGGUUGUUAUGUUAACUUA